AUGCCGUCUCAACCUUUGUCUGUAUUCCCCUCUGACGAUGUCGCUUUGCACAAAACAUCUGAGUCUUGUUACGUCACCAAGAAUGGCCGACUUUACGAUGUCACAGGCUUUCUCACUUCGCACCCUGGGGGAAGUGACAUGAUCCUGGAAUACGGCGGCAAAGAUAUCGCCGAGAUCUUCCACGAUGAAGGCUCGCAUGCCCACUCUGAGGCAGCCUCCGAGCUCCUAGAAGCCUGCCUGAUCGGCUCCGUCGACACUGCCAGGACUGGCAAGGAAAAAUCCACUUCUGCUAGCUCUUCGAAUAAUUCUACGUACGCUUCAACUGGUCUUGCAUCUGCAGAGGAUUUGUGGAAAGAUACGAACGCAAAGAUGGACUAUGAGCAACACAGGUUCCUGGAUCUUGACAAACCGCUCCUGUCCCAGAUGCUGUUUGGGAACUUCAGCAAGGCCUUCUAUCUCGAACAAAUUCACAGACCUCGUCAUUACAAGGGUGUUUGGCUUCCUGCGGUCACGUAUGGAACCAUCAUCUCUAGAGACGGGCUUGAUAGCUGGAAUGCAGUGGCUGUGCAUUGGGCUUUUGGUCUGUUCAUGUGGACCUUGAUUGAGUACACGCUUCACAGAUUCCUGUUUCAUCUUGACAAAUUCCUUCCCGAUAACAACAUUGCUCUCACGUUACACUUUCUUCUGCAUGGUAUACAUCACUAUCUUCCAAUGGACAAACUCAGGCUUGUCAUGCCGCCUUCACUUUUUGCACUUCUUGCAACACCGUUUUGGAAGCUUGCACACUACGCUUUUUCUCAUAAUUGGUAUGCUGGAACGGCAGUCUUCUGUGGAUGUAUAUUUGGCUACGUCUGCUACGACCUCACGCACUAUUUCCUCCAUCACCACAAAGUUCCCUCUGUCUUUCAGAGUACCAAAACCUAUCAUUUACAGCAUCACUUUAUGGACUACCAGAACGGCUUUGGAGUAACGAGUCGAUUUUGGGAUGUGGUGUUUGGGAGUAAGCUUCCGGAUGGACCAUCCAAGAGUCAGUAA